CUUAUCAAUUUCAAUAUGUAACAAAACGAAAUUACAUUACAACACUUCAUAAGAAUCUAAAAUAAUAUAAGAAGAAGAAGAGUACUUGAUCAAUUUAAGAAAAAGGGAAAAUGCAGACCGGAAAGGAUGCAGCAGCUGCAGCUAAGGCUGGCAUGGAGAAGACUAAAGCCAGUGUUCAAGAAAAGGGAGAGAGGAUGACAACAAGGGAUCCAUUGAAGAAAGAGAUGGCGACGGAGAAGAAAGAGGACAGGGUUGCAGCUGCAGAGAUGGACAAGCAAGCUGCCAAAGCACAACAUGCAGCUGAAAAACAUGGAAGAACAACUACCACCGGUAUUGGUGCCACUGGCACUGGGACUACUGGAACAGGCACCAAUACCACUUUUUAGACCAAAUAAAGCUAGCUUUAUUUUAGUGUGGGAUGUUUUUUUCACAUUUGAUGGGGUUUUUUUUUUGGUUUGGUGUACGAAAGUGUUUGAUUCUUGUUUGAAUCUUACAUAUAGCGAAAACGUAGUACAUCGAGUUCUCUCUUAGUCGUCUUUUUUCUGUUGUUGAAUGUUGUUGUACGGGGAGGGUUGUGGAUUCACACUUGUUUGGGUGUGGGUGUUGGCUUUUAUGAUGACACCAAAUUAAAUAAAUAAAAGUGACUCCUCUCA